AGCCCUGGAUUUGCAGGACAAGGUGACCGAGGACCCCCACGGGAGCGGGGCGGACCGGAGCAUCAUGGCACACCCCAUCUCAGCCUUCCAGGCUGCCUACAUCUCCAUCGAAGUGCUCAUCGCUUUGGUGUCCGUGCCGGGCAAUAUCCUGGUCAUCUGGGCUGUGAAGAUGAACCAGGCGCUGCGGGAUGCCACCUUCUGCUUCAUCGUCUCGCUGGCAGUGGCAGACGUGGCCGUGGGGGCUCUGGUCAUCCCCCUGGCCAUCAUCAUCAACAUCGGACCCCAGACGGAGUUUUACACCUGCCUCAUGGUGGCCUGUCCCGUCCUCAUCCUCACGGAGAGCUCCAUCCUGGCGCUUCUGGCCAUCGCCGUGGAUCGGUACCUGCGGGUGAAGAUCCCUGUCAGGUACAAGAGCAUGGUGACACCACGGCGGGCAGCCGUGGCCAUCGCCUGCUGUUGGAUAGUCUCUUUUCUGGUGGGACUUACUCCCAUGUUUGGGUGGAACAACCUCAACAAGAUGCGAAGGACUCAGGAGCUGAACAGCAGCCACACGGAGUUUGUCAUCACGUGCCAGUUUGAGACAGUCAUCAGCAUGGAGUACAUGGUGUACUUCAACUUCUUCGUCUGGGUCCUGCCGCCCCUGCUGCUGAUGCUGCUCAUCUACCUGGAGGUCUUCAACCUAAUCCGCAAGCAGCUCAACAAGAAGGUGUCUUCCAGCUCCAAUGACCCCCAGAAGUACUAUGGCAAGGAGCUGAAGAUCGCCAAGUCCUUGGCGCUGGUUCUUUUCCUGUUUGCGCUCAGCUGGCUGCCUCUGCACGUCCUCAACUGCAUCACCCUGUUCUGCCCGUCCUGCCAGACCCCGCACAUCCUCACCUACAUCGCCAUCUUCCUCACCCACGGCAACUCGGCCAUGAACCCCAUUGUCUACGCCUUCCGCAUCAAGAAGUUCCGGACAGCCUUCCUGCAGAUCUGGAACCAGUACUUCUGCUGCAAAACCAACAAAAACGCCACCAGCACCACCACAGCCGAGACAGGCAACUAGGAACUGGGAGAGGGCAGGGAGGGGCAUCUGUGCCCACCCAGUCCCACCUGGACGCUGUUCCUGCUGUCUCAGGAAGGGGUAGCAAGGACCUGAUGGCUUCUGAGUUCAGCGGCCCCCUGCAGUCCCUACAGCCACCCCAGGGGGUUAUUUAUUCACAAGCAUUGUACUGUUUGGAUAUUGUAGCCUGCACUGUUCCUUUCUGGUUUAGGAUUUUUUCUCCCUGAUUGUUUUUGUUUUUCAUUUUUUUAAGCAUUGCCAAGUAUUUAAGGAGAAAUUGUACAGACAAAUACGCAAUUUAUCUUCAUGCAAAUAAAGUCCAGUGAUCCAAACCA